AUGUUCACACUACAAUAUAUAUCUUCUAAUAUAGUCGCCAAGCCAUUUAUGGUUUUCGUAAUGCUAGCGUUAUUAUUUUCGGCUUGGUGUGGCAGCUAUUCAGAAGUGAUGAUGUAUUUAUGUGUAAUUGUUACGGUACAAGCUGAUCACUUCAAAAUGUUGACAAAUGAUACAAAUGAGACAAUUGAACAUUUUUUAGUUAGGAAUGUAAUUGAAAAGAGACCUUUUAAAUAUGCCGAUGAUUCGUUCUUAUAUGCCCAUAUUUGGCAAGGAAUAAUAUCUGAUAUCAACUUAUUAAUAAGGGCCAAAUAUAACAAUAAAUAUUAUCACUUGGGGAAGAUAGAAGUUGCAAAGGAUAGAUUUAUUGGUAUCAUGAAUAGCUUUUCACGUUCGCUUAGGACGAAAAACGACCCUUCAAUAGUAAACUUUACCAAUUGGGAAAAGACUUUAUUAAUAGCAAGAAAUAUAUACGACGAAGACUCGUGUAAUGAAAAGGUUUCUGACGAAAAGUAUUGA